AUGGUUCCAGAACAGUUCAACUUCAACGUUAGCCUAAUCUUCUACGCUGCUGCGUCUCCUGUACCAUUGCUGCGCUAUACAACAUUACUUCUUCAGCCGUCAUACGGCACCUUACAGUAUUUUAGGCGUGAAAUAUAUAGUGCCUUAGUAGAUCACUUCUUGCACCUUCAAAAGCUGCAAAUGCCGGAUUCAAGCAAAGAAAAUGAAGGCAAAAGCAACGGAGCAAGUCUCAGUAGUGGAGUCUGUCCGGAUUACACUAAAGAGGAGAUCGUCAAUCUACAAGCCGCAAAUCGAAGAAAAAUUCUUGGAGAGCACAAUUAUCAGUGUGGUAGUUGUGAAACUACAUUUGCCACAAAAAGAAACCUACUGGAACAUAGUAAAAUCGAACACCCAUCCCGAAGAGAAAUCUCGUGUCCCUUAUGUGGAAUAUCAAUCAAUGACCACCAUGAUCUUGUAAUAUACGCAAACGAAGCACACGCUGCAGGCGACCGGACAUUCAGUGUGGAAACCAUCAGCUUCAACAGCAGAUGUGCUUUUCAGGACUGGAAGUAUGCUCUAGAGGAAGAAGAGACAACGAGGUUCGAGCCGAGCCUGGCCCAUCUUAUAUGGAAAAGUGCACAAAUUCAAAAAAAAAAGGUCACGUACUGCACAGCUUACAUGAAGCCGAGUCUUACAUCUACCGUAAUGGGUAAAAUGUCAGAACUUUGCAAGAAUGCGGAUCGUGAUGUCUUCUUCAAUAACUACGCUUCUCUACUGUGCCUAUUGCGACAAAAUCGCGAAGAAAGUAUGGUUCAGUACUUCGAGCGGAACUGGAGCCCACGAAUUUGCGAAUGGGCAGGAUACGUACGGAGAACAUCCACUGUAAACACCUCUAUGGCAAUUGAGCGCUUCCACAGAAGAUUGAAACUUGAAUUUAUUCAAACGAAAUUGAGUAUGGCCAGGAAUGUUCGCGAAAGACGGCACAGACUUGCAGAGCAGCACAAGAGGCAUGCCAGUGCAAUUAAGAUGUACUGUGAUGGACACGUUACAUCCGAUGUAGAAAGCGCUGGAACUUGGCUAGUAUGCGAAAGAAAUCAUACAUACCGCGUUGAGCAGAUGCCAUGCGAUUGUGACGAAAUUCUUAACAACCAUUGCUACAAUUGCAACGCCUGCGGAUACGGUUUCAAAUGCACUUGCUUGGAUGACCACACAGCCGGCGUUUCGUGCAUUCAUGUGCACGUGGCACUCGUUUACAGUCCUCAAGGACUGGUGACGUAUUCGCACAUGGUAGAAGGAGAGAUUGUUACUGCCACGGAGUCGGAUGAAGAAGCCGACACGCCGGCGAUCUCGGGAACGGAAGUCCGGGACAGCGCCCUCAUAACAGAGACUUUGGACACAUGCAAAGAGCUUGUACCAGCGAUCACUGCUGAAAUGGCCGCGAUAAGAAUGAAGGUAAUCGCACUCUUGAAGGAACCGGACGACGACGUAUGUACUUAGCUGAUGAGUGUUAAAAGCCAGCUCGAAGACAUCAACAACAAUUUGAGAUAUGAGGGAACCACCCUCGCAAGGUGAUUAGACGCCAACCCAAGCGGGAGAAUACCGAAAUUUAGAGGAAUACGACUAGUAAGGGUGAGUUCCAUUCAACGAUAAUGAUAAUAGACAAGGAUGCUGAC